AUGGGCAAAACAUCACGGAAACACACGCUCAAGGAGGCGAGAGCCUACUCUGGUGGGGAGACCAAUCAGACAACACUUGUCCACACAAACCCGCAGGAGCUUGGACACCAUGUCCGCCAUGUCAACAAACUCAACGGCACGGCACCAACCCUCACCGCGGGAGUAGCGACCAACAGUGACCAGGGCAUAGAGCUCUGGGGAAAGGUAUAUGAUAACGCUCUGGAGGCCGAGGCUCUGAGGAACUUGGGAAAGAGAAAUCCAAAAAAAAUGUUAUCAUCUGUAGAUUUGCUAGUAACGGCUGGAAAAGACUAG